AUGGACGCACUUAUGCAGACUGCAAUUUUUGAGGUCAUGGGUUGUGGAGUUGCUGCUCUUGGCGUUAGCGCUCUCAGCGGAGGUGCCGCGUCUGCACUUGCUGCUAUGGGCUUUCUUGCUUGCGACGGAACCGUCUACGGAAGCUAUGAGAAGGGGCUGGUUGAAUGCAGAGCGUUUUAA